UUCAACCAUUGACCCUCACUUUGUUGUUUGUAGAUUGACAGUCAAGAUGAAGGUGUUGUGCUUAGUUCUUGCUUUCGCAGCUGCGGCUCAUGCCGUCAGCUUGGAAAACGAUCAGGAAUGGAUUGGUUUCAAGACUGCCUACGGAAAAUCCUACACAAGCCAUCAGGAAGAGCUUAUGCGCCGUAAUGUGUUCCGUAAGAAUCAAAAACUCAUCCACGACACGAACGAGAAGAAACUCGGAUUCACUGUUGCCAUGAAUGAGCUAGGAGAUCUGACCGAGGAAGAGUUUGCUCGCACUCGCCUGGGACAGCCCAAGAAUCUUGUCGGCGGCAAAUUCCAGCGUCCUGGUGCAGUUUUCUUGUUCCCUGAGAAUGAGGAUCCUGCAAAUCUCCCUAAUGAAGUUGACUGGCGUAAGCACGGUUACGUCACCCCGAUCAAGGACCAAGGACAUUGCGGAUCCUGCUGGUCUUUCUCUGCUACAGGCUCUCUCGAGGGUCAGCAUUUCCGCAAGACUGGCAAGUUGGUUUCUCUCAGUGAGCAGAACCUGGUCGACUGCUCCACCCUGGAGGGUGACAACGGCUGCCAUGGUGGUCUCAUGAAUGACGCUUUCACCUACGUUGCCAUCAACGGUGGUAUUAUGUCCGAGGCUGACUAUCCCUACAAGCACGUGAAGGGAAACUGCUCCUACAACCGCAACCGUGCUGUGGCUCACGCUGUCUCCUACGUCAACAUCCCGCCACAGAAUGAGUCUGCUCUCAAAAUGGCUGUCGCCACCGUAGGCCCCAUUUCCGUGGCCAUCGAUGCCAGUGCCCCCACGUUCAGAUUCUACAAGAGCGGUGUUUACUACAGCCCUACAUGCAGCAGUUUCCGUCUUGACCAUGGUGUUCUGGCCGCAGGCUAUGGAGUGUUGGGCGGCCAGGACUACUGGCUCGUCAAGAACUCGUGGGGCACCAUCUUUGGAGAUGCCGGUUACAUCAGGAUGUCCCGCAACCGCAACAACAACUGCGGUAUUGCCUCUGACCCAUCAUACCCCAUCGUGUAAAGACUUUGUAUUUAACUGUAAAACAGUUCCGAAUGUCUGUUUGGAGGCCCUUCUUUGAUUUUUUUUCUUUUCACAUCAUCAUCAAUUGUAGUAUUUGGUACUGCAAGAAAGUGAUAAGACAA